GAGGCUGGUGUUCACUGAAUGGCUGGCGAUCACACGUCGAUAGACAACAAGGGGGACGUAAAUGGUUGUUUACAGGAGCCCAGGGUUUAUCGGCCCACUGCGUCUGCCAGAAAGGACUCCGGGAAUAAAGACCUGUGGCCGAGACCUGUGGCUCAGAAAUGGAUGGUGAUGCUGUUUAUCGGCACCUGCCUGCUGUACUGUGCCCGGAUGGCCAUGCCGAUCUGCGCCGUCACCCUGGCCGUGGUGUUCCAGUGGAGCAAGAUCGACUCUGGGCUGGCUCUGGGGGGAUUCUUCUGGGGAUACUGCGUCACACAGGUCCUGGGAGGACACGCCAGUGACAAGAUCGGAGGAGAGCGGGUCCUGUUCAUCUCCACAGUCUCCUGGACUCUGAUCACCGCUGCCACGCCGCUGCUCGUCCACCUCAGCUCGCACACGCUGGCCGUCAUGACGGGGGCCCGAUUCCUGAUGGGAGUUCUGCAGGGUGUUUUCUUCCCGUCUCUGGCCAGCCUGUGUUCACAGCGUGUGGUGAAGGGGGACCAAGCCUUUUUAAUGAGCGCCAUGCACAGUGGCUCUGCACUCGGAACACUGUUGGCUGGAGGGAUCGGUUCACUGAUGCUCGACCGCUUCGGCUGGGAAAGCGUCUUCUAUUGUACCGGAUUCCUGUCGUCGCUUUGGACGCUCGUAGUCUGGCUGUAUUUAAUAAACGGUGACGUUAUCCUGGAGCAGAUGGACACAAAGACCAACCCACAGCCCGGCGUGUCGAGGACGCCCUGGCUGAGUCUUUUCAAGAAGCCGCCUGUCUGGGCCAUGGUGGUCGCUCAUAUGUGCAUGUGCAGCACAUCCUUCGUUUUACUAUCCUGGUUGCCGACAUACUUCAAAGAAACAUUUCCACAUGCGCAGGGAUGGGUGUACAACGUGAUUCCCUGGGCGAUUGCCAUCCCAUCAGCAAUAUGUGGUGGAUAUUUCUCCGACUUCCUCGUCAGCCAAGGUUGGAGUUUACCAUUCGUGAGAAAAGCAACACAGUUCAUUGCCAUGGGCGUAUCGAGUAUGUUUCUAAUCAUUCUGGCUGGAAGUGUCUCAUUUCCCACUGCGGUGACGCUUGUCUCCAUGUCUGUGGGCACAUCCUCAUUGAGCAGCAGCGGCGUGUCAGUGAACGUACAGGACCUCACGCCGUCGUGCGCCGGCGCUCUCUAUGGUUUCAUGAAUACCAUGGGAGCUUUUUCAGGACUGGUGCUGGUCUCGCUCUCAGGUUACCUCAUCGAGGUCUCACACUCGUGGGCCACCGUCUUCUCCCUCAUCAUCCUCGUCAACACUCUGGGUCUCGUCGUCUUCCUCAUCUUCGGAGACGCCCAUCGUGUCGACCUGGAGGAUUACAGCCCAGUAAAUGUGAUUUGACCUACACAGUUCUCCAUUUACGUUUAUGUUUUAUUUAUGUUUUUGCUUGGAAACAUUUCAAACAUUUUUUUUCUGACACAGGCAGUAUUUUAUUUUGCAAAUGUUACAAAAUAAUACAGCUUGGAGUUUGUCAGGAAUUGUUUGUGUGGAUGUUGUUUUCAGCAGAAUCUGGAUUUUGUGAAAACGCUUCAGAUUUGAAAUGAAGGAGCUUCAGUAUUCAGUAUCCUUAAUUCAUGAAAUUGAAACUAUUGAUUAUUCUGAUUGUUCAUGCUCUGAGCUGCUUUGUGAAAGCAAUACUUGCAUAUUUGAUGUGCUUGACUUCCACCAAAAGCUGGUCGCAUCGUGUUGAAUUGAUGCACGAUUAUUGUUGGGAUGUCAACAAGUGAAUCACAACCAAAACUUAUAAAUUAGAACAAAAAAUAAACUUUGGGUAAAAAUCAGGUGGUAAUCUUUAGCACUCUAGAAAAUCCAAAUCUUACAAAGUGUAUCUCAGUAGUUUUUUGUCUAUUUUUAUCCUAAAUAACUUUUUACACUUGAUAUAAAAGGCAAUUAUGUACCAAAUAUGAUUUCUGGAUGAUGCAUGAACCCAUUUUUGAGUUUAGUUUAUGAGAAUAAAUAUGUUUGUUUUUGUUUUUUUUAAAUGUUUUUGCUUUGUUGGAAGGCAUUUAAUCACAAAUACUGUUUUAGGUUCCCAAAAACAUGCAAUACAUUUGAUGUAUGGAAACCUGAAAAACUGUCAGUCUGUCUACUUAUCGGCUCUGGUUACAUGCUUACGCAUGGUAAACCGCAUGGUAAACUUUUUUUUAGUAUACCUCUUUUCUGAAUGAACCACCCCUC